AUGGACGAUUCUAUGAUCGGCCGCUGGCUGGAUGAGCUGCCCAUGAGCGACCCGGCCCGCAAGCGUAAGUCUAGGCCCAUGCUCCGUCGUUUCGACCACCACACUGAGCCCAUCGACUUCCUUGAGCGGCUCGGCGAAGGCGCUGAGGGCAUCGUCUACCGUGCCACCAUCCGGGGCGCUGAGUACGCCGUGAAGAUCUUCAAAGAGUGGACAUACACCGGCAGGAGGGGCAUUCCCAAACGGCAGAGACCAUACACAUCUUCUUUUUCCCAUGAAUGUCGCGCCUUUGCGCGCCUCGACAGCUAUGGAAAGAAUGGCACCUGGGCUGUCCAUUGCCAUGGCUGGCUCAAGCUUUCCGAUACCCAAUUCCAGCCUUUACCCAAGUAUUCGAACCUGACCCGCUGGGCCAUUGUCAAAGACUACAUUCCUCAUAAAGUUGCCAUCACUGACGUCCCGGAGAUCCGCCGCAAAAUGGCCAUCGCCCGCGACGCCCUUCUGCACCCUCAAGAUGUACAGCCACGGAACUUCCGCGGCUCUUUUUUUGUUGAUCUUGGGAGGGUAAAGACUUACCCUUAUCCUGAGCUGUCUUGGUCAACUACCAGACAACAAGAAUUUUUCCCUGCUUUUGAUAGGGAGGCGAGUGACUGGCAGGUAUGUGUGCGAGAUGGCGAAGUGGUUGAGGGCUGGGUCAAUAGGCAGCUUGUGCGCGGGAGAAAAGUUUCAAAAGAGUAG